AGAGAGUAUCGCGCAGACUUAACACUGAACACAUAUCUGCACAUGGUGUUACUGUAUAUAUAUGCCGCGAAUGGUACCAUGUUGCAUCCGGUACCUACUUAUAUAUCUGGGGUAUUAGGGGAGUCUGGGGUGCUCCUGGAGGUGUAAUUGGUUACAUGAGGAUUGGGAUGGAAUAAGGGAAUCAAUCAGGCAAUGCCGUUCAAUUCCCAACUUACUCCAACCUGUGAGACUGUUGAUGCCGAGAGCGAUGUCGCAUCUCAGGUGGUGUCUACUAUAGAUAUCUAGGUAAGUAAGCAAGACACACAUUCUGCCUUCAUUCCCAUGCUGCGCAAACGACUUCCCCCCAGGUCUCUCCUUCGUGAUUACUAUGUAUCAUCUCGCCCUCCUCAUCGCGGCAUUGCUCGCCGCACACCAUUAUAUACUCUGCCCCUUGUUCUUCUCUCCUCUGGCUCGCAUUCCCACCCCACACUGGACGUGUUCGAUCUCAGAUGCCUGGAUUCUCCUCGCCCGAUACCGUGGCAGGGAAAACCGGACGUUACACGCCGCCCAUAGAAAAUACGGCCAGAUCAUACGCGUCGGACCCCGUGAGCUGAGCGUCACUUCUCCCGAGGCCGUCAGGGUUAUAUAUCAGGGCGGUUUUGACAAGCACUCGUGGUACUCUGUGUUUGACAAUUUUGGAGUCCCCUGCACUUUCUCCUCUGUGCAAUCAAAACCCCAUUCACUCAGAAAGCGCAUGAUCUCACAUGUGUAUUCGAAGUCGUAUAUUAACGCAUCAGUGUCCCAAGCCGCUCAGGCAGAUAAGAUCCUCAAUGCCAGCUUGAUGCCUGUACUAGGAGAUUCAUUGUCACCAAGUCAAGCGCCUCACGGAAUUGAUGUGCAUUCGCUUUUCUGUGCUGUAGCUAUGGAUUUCAUCUCGGCGUACUGCUUCGGUUUUCGGCGCAGCGCUAAUUUCAUCGAGAACGAAGCUUAUCGUAGGCGUUGGCUUAAACUAUACACGACGCGCAAGGGAUACGGGUUCUUUGCGCAGGAGCUUCCCGGUCUUUCAAAGGUCCUGCGAUAUCUAGGUAUUAGUCUGACUCCGCGAUGGGUGGAUGCGGCAAAUCGGGAGCUUGAGGCGUGGUGUAAAGAGUUGAGCGACGCUACUACGCGAGACAUCCAAGGGUUGGGAGCGCCUCUGGACCCUGCCAAUGACCCUGUAGUUGUGCGGACGCUUCUAUCAGGCUACGACAAAGAGAAGAGUACUCACGGACAAGCUUCCCCUCUUCUUUCGACUACCAUCCGCUAUCCAGAACUCUCCGUUGCCUCCGAGGUCUUCGACCACGUGCUCGCCGGGCAGGAAACCACAGGCGUAGCCUUGACGUAUCUUUCGCACCAUCUAUCACAGUCUCUCGACCUCCAGGCCGAGCUGCGGAAUGAGCUGCUCUCCCUGCAGCCAAACAUGGUCAUGAAAAGCGGCAGGAUGUACAUGCCGGAUUCAAAGCAGUUACACAGUUUACCUAAACUCCAUGCCAUGAUCCUAGAGACCGUGCGUCGCUAUGCACCAGCCGGUGGCCCCGAACCACGGGUUGUGCCGUUCCCAUCCAGUCGGAUAGGCCCAUACCUAGUGCCCGGCGGCACGCGCGUAUCCGCAUCCGCGUAUAACCUGCACCGCGACGAGGAAGCUUAUCCGAGUCCCGAGCAAUGGGAUUACACGCGGUGGCUAGCUAACAAACCCAACGAGGCUGCGAACAGGCAGUUCUGGGGGUUCUCGAGUGGCGGAAGAAUGUGUCUAGGGUCGAACUUCGCCAUGCACAAUAUGAAGCUCACUAUCGCAGCGAUUUAUUCUAAUUAUACGAGUUAUAUCGUUGAUGACAGGGGCAUUGAGCAGACUGACAUGUACACAGGGCAUCCGAAGAGCAAUACUUUGUAUCUCAGAUAUGAGAAAUGCGAAUAUUCAUAAAGCUUCUACGAUGGUUUUAGGUGUUCAUACGUACAGUGUCUCAACUCUUUUUCAAGUCGCCUUGAAUUACAACACGGGCUGAAGCUAUCAGUUGCUGAAGGCUACUUCCAUCCGCCGCGGCAGCAAUGCCACGUACUUGCAAAUGUUAAUAGUCCCUGUAGAACAGAGAUGGCUGUAUUUCCAGUGAGGUUUCAAUCAAUGCUCAGUCACGUCAACAUAGAAGCAAAA